CUAUCUAGUCAAUUUCACGGAAAUGUGUACAUUACAUUCUGCAAUACCUCCGAUAUGCAUCAUAUUUGUAUUGUCUGCCAUCCGUACUGAGAAAAUGCACUAUCGAUGUUUUCACAUAUCAGCUCUUUUAUUGGAAUUAUUGAUUGUGGCUGUAUUGCUAUUGCAACCGCAAUCAGUUUCAGCAGGGUCAUGUCGCGAAGCACAGCUUUGCUGCAAUGGGCGUGACUCCUCUUGUGUUGUUCAAAAGACACCAAUUAAUGCAAUAAUUGACGACUUAAACGAAAAACCAUGUUAUUGUGACCACGCUUGUCUUAAACUAGGCGACUGUUGUACCGAUUUCAAGGAUCACUGUGGAGUGGUUGACUGCCAGGUGAGUGAGUGGACUCCAUGGAGUGUGUGUGAUAAGAGUUGCGGUACAGGGGUCAUGCUACGCACCCGUAAAAUAAUUCGGGCACCGCAAAAUGGUGGAAAGCAUUGUCCAACUCUGACACAAAAGAGAAGCUGUCAAGGUAUUCGAUGUCACACCGAUAGAGGAAAACGAAUCUUUCGAGAAAGUGCAUUUCUACUUCCUUCUUCGGUAGUCUAUAAUUACAAUUCUAAUACAAGUGAAGAGUCUCUUUGGCAAACAAACAAUCUCAAAAGUUAUUGCAUAGAAUUCGAAGUAAUUAAUGCAGCGAAGGAGUGCCACAAAGUUCCACCCUACAAUUUUCUUUUGGAAGGCGAUCGAAUAUCAGUGCGAUGUAAUAUAAGGAAAAUGUUCAACAAAUUGACUGUAUGGAAUGAUGAAAUGAAUAAAGCCGCGUAUAACUCCACAUUGCGAGACACUAACAGAGCAACAAAUUUGAAUGCAUCGCGAUUGAUUUCUAGAAAUUCCGCAGUUCAUAACAAUAAUAUUAAAUACAGGGAAAAUACCCAUUGUCGUGGUGAAGGUGCGACGGGUAGAACUUCGCGAUGGCGGGCAUCCGCAGUUCCGUCCUGUCAAGGCAAAUGGCUGCGCCUCACUCUAGAGACGGCUAAAUGUACACAUACACAUUUUGAAUUCGCUUAAAACUAGAAGCAUAUCAAAUAUGUAAUUUUAAAAUGGUUAUAUUAAUUACAUGAAACAAAAUAUUUAUUAUAUGAUUAGAAACAUACAACACAGGCAAUAUAUAUAUGUAUAAACAUACUGAAAUAAAUGAAAGUUUAGUCUUUCAAUAGGAAUUGACAUCAAUUAUACAAAAUUUGUAAGUUGGAAAAUCGACCCAACUUCCAAACAUAUACUUUUAUAAAUAGCGGAAGAAAGCAAUACUUAUAAAUAGUAAAAUAAAUACGAAUCCAAUAAAGUAAUUAUUAUAUAUUUUCAUUAAUAAUCCGACAUAUUUCUGUAUGUUAUAAGUCUUCAAAAUAAUAAUUGUAUUUACAUAUAUGUAUGUAUGUAGACGGUAAAAAUUAUGAGUGUCUGUUGCGCUCAUACGUAUUAGUAGCUAAUUAAUACCAUAUUUGAACAGCUUAGUUAGCUGAGAAAAUUAAGAUGUUAAUAAACUCAGUGUGUCCCAUAUAAUUAGUGUUCGACAGCUAUCUUGAAAAUCUUUAUUAUGUUGUGAUAAUUUUCGUGUAUAAAAGUAUUGAACCUGCCUAACGAAAUUAAACAUUUUUUAUGGAGAAUUAUUGAAUACACACAUAUAUAAUUAUUGUAAUGUUGUAAUCAAUGUUAUUACUUUUAAUAUAGAGUUGGCUAUAUUUUUAUAAGAUUAACAACUGAAACACAAUUUAUGACUAGCUUUUUAAAACCUGUUUUGAUCCGGCACGCGCGUCAAUUUCGAUGUAAUUUACUGUCCUGUGAUACUAUUUUUAAUUUAAAAACGUAUUUAUAGAAAAUUUCUUUGAAUAUAUUAAUGCCGAUUUUGUCAACAGUUUUUAUAUUAUGUUCCUCUGAUAUUAACUGCAUUUUAGUAUACCAUAUUUCUACUCCCAAUUAAAUACCAAUAUAUAUAAAAUGUACUGAUGUCUGCAAUAAUUCAAUACUGUGCUGCGAAAAGUUUGUGCAAUUACUGUCCUACCACUUUUUCUAAUAUUCUACAAUAAGUUAACGGAUUUUUAACGUAUGAUACAAACGAUUUCGUUAAAAGUGGAAUUUGGAGUUAUUUGCUGUAAUAUAAUAGAGCGAAUUAAGAAUGUAUAAAAAAUUUAAAUUGCUGUUUCAAUUAUAAGGGUAUAUUAACCACCUUAUUUUAUAUACAUAAUAUUAAAUGAUAUAUUACUUUGAUUAAAUAAUUUGGAAACUUUAACUUUACGCAUUUACAUAUGCAAUUAUGUAUAUAUGAAUACGUGUACGUGUUGAUUGAUGACUGGUGCUUUUUCAAAGCUGCGUGAAAAGGUGAUGCACACAUGUAACCCAAAAGGAUUUAUUGUUUUUUAAAUUAGUAUAUAAGAAGUAAUGGAGAGUUUUAGAGCAUUUGUUCCUCAUCAGCUGGUUUUAAAAUCUAA